AUGGUGUACGGUCGUGGUACAACAAAUGUGAAGCUAGAUGCUGUAAAAACCCACAUGAAUGGGGAACCACACAAGCUUGCGUUGAAGUUGGAGGAUGAAAAGAUGUUUAAAGCAAAGCCAGGCCCACUACCUGCAUAUGCUGCAACACCACUGGGAAAGGCAUUUUUUAAGCUAAACGAGAAUGAGAAAGUAAGAGUCAAGAAAUUGAUUGAAAUAGCAUAUGUUGUUGCCAAAGAAGAGAUGCCAUUCACCAAAUUUGUUGCCAUUGCUAAGCUAGAGAAACGGCAUGGGGUUGAAUUGGGCCAAACAUACCUAAACGAUCAUGCAUGUGCAGAUUUUGUUGACACUAUAGCUGAAAUAUAUGAAGAGGAAUUAAACCAGGUUCGUGUGCUUUUGAUGUUUUGA